AUGAAGAUCACCUCAGUCAUCGUCCUCUCAGCCAUCGCCGCCAUUGCAUGCGCCUCUCACAACACCUCCAAGUCCCAGGCCCAGGCUCAACCUGGUCGUAAGCUCUACGCCCGUAACCGCUUCGUCCAACGUCGUGGUGUCUUGGACGGUCUCACAGGUGCUCUCCCCAUUGCCCAACAAGCCGCCGAUUUGUCCUCCGCCAAUAACCCCCAGCCCGAGUCUGUCGAGUCCGUUACCGACGAGUUGCUCAAGCGCUCUGACGAUGACUUGGAGUGCGAAGACGAGGGUGAUGAUGGUCACAACGGCGGCGGGCACCCCAGGCCUCCAUCCAACGGACACCAUAAGCCUCCAUCCAACGGACACCCCCAGCCUCCAUCCAACGGAAACAACGGACAUCCCAAGCCUCCAUCAAAUGGCAACAACGGACACCCCAAGCACCCCAGCAACGGAAACAACGGACACCCCAAACCCCCCACCAACGGCAACAACGGUCACAAAAACGACUCUCCCUGCGCGUGCGGAGAUGACCACCACGGCAGCAACGGAGGCAGCGGUAGCGAUUUGGAUAUCCAUAUCGGAUUGGAUACUAUUAUUGACGCCAAAAUCGAUGUUAUCCUUAAGGCCUACUUGGGUAUUGUCCUGGACGCCACUGUUGGUAUUAAGGCCGAUAUCCUUGCCAAGGUUGCGCUCAAGUUGGCGGUUGACUUGAAGGUCGAUCUCGAUCUUUCCGUGGAGCUCAAGGCCAUCGUGGACGCAAAGAUCGACGCCCUUAUCUCCACAAACCUCUCCGUCGACAUCCGCGCAAAAGUCAACGCCCUCGUCCACUCCAAAUGCAAGUCCACCUGCGGCGUCAACGUCGACGCCGGAAUCCUGGCCGAUAUCACCGCGGCAGUCAAGGUCGAUCUCGGAAACCUCCUCGCCGGCAUUGACGCCGAUAUCCUGGUCGAUCUCAAGGUCCGUCUGGAUGCUCUGGGGUUGAAGGUCAAGGCGGAUGUGGAUUUGGCCUUGGGAUUGAACUUGGGCGCAAUUUUGGGAGGUGUUGUAGGUGAUUGUGAGGAUUCCAAGGCGGGUAUCCUUGCGGAUAUCAAGCUCGCUGUCCUUGCCAACCUCUAA